AUGAAACAUUCUCAACGUGCAUCCAAAGGCUCUCUCUCUCUCUCUCCCUCUCUCUCUCUCCCUCUCUCUCUCUCUCCUGAACUGCUGCACAGUAGCCGGUGGCUCAUUUCAGCGAGCGAAGUCUGUGAUGAUAUUGUCGAGAUUACCAUGUCUGCAGGCAAAUGCCACGAUGCUGAAGACGAACGCCUGAACAGCCGCGUCACUCUAUACACAUGCGCGUAUAAUUCUUUUCUUUCUUUCCGUUUACAGUCAACAGAUGACUUCAUCAAAGAAUAUUACCGCAAUAACGGAACGUCACCGAUCAGUCCUCAUGCUACGAACACUUUACUUGACUCGUUUAUUCAUCAUCUUUCUUGCUUUCUUGUUCUCUCUACUCUGUUAGAUUUUCUUUCUCGUAUUUCUUCAUACAAAUUGUUGUUCAUAGAUUUAAUGCGCACAACCCUAUUUUUAUUACCAAAAUUGUCUCUCGAUAUUCAUAUAGAUCUAUCUCUAUGUCUUAUCCAUAUCUCUCUCUCUCUCUCUCUCUCUGCCUACCUUACUCUCUCUCUCUCUCUAUCUCCCUCUCUCUGCCUACCUUACUCUCUCUCUUUCUCUCUCUCUCUAUCUCCCUCCCUCUCCCUCUCUCCUUCUCUUUGUCUACCUCUCUCUCUCUCUCUGUUUCUACCGCACUUCUCUCUCUCUCUCUCUCUCUCUCUCUCUCUCUCUCUCGAUAUGUUAAAACACACGGUUUCACUACACAGUCUCUCCACCUUGGGCCACGUGUUAACGCGGUCCCUCUAUCUUGGAUCACGUGGUAACACAGUCUUUCUAUCAAGGAACUGA